CUCCCCCAAACCAACGGCACAACAUGACCCCACAACCACAUUACACUCCACCAGCGGUUCAAUUAGUUACCCUACUCUCUUAGACGUGAUUGCUAGAUGGCCCAGCUUCACAAAUCCUCGUGUGAGCCUGCUGGUAUGGGCGGAUCUCUCUCUCCUUCCUCGCUGCUCAAGACCAGCUCCUUGCCCGUGCUUCCCUCCAACGUUCUUCUCCACCCGGCAGCACCCACCGCGGACCUCUCGCUCGUGUCCACGCUGUGCGACUGCACCAUCCACCCGGCCUCGUCGUCGCUCAACCCCAUCGCCGCCAUUUCCUCUCCCUCCCGCCUCCAGCGCCGUCUCUACUAUUGGGACGCAGCCUGCCACGGCAGCAGUCCUCGCCGGCCCGCUCUCGUGCGCACGCAGUCGUGCGCCACGCCGUCCGUCGCGCUCGAGCUCGCCGCCGAGCAGGCCGCCUCGUCGUCGCCGUCGUGCCGCCGGACGCUCUCGUGCCCGCAGUGGGCCACUCGAAGCGCAGUUGCCGGGGCCACUUCGGAGCCUGCUGCCGUUUCGACCCGGGCAUGCGAGUUGUGCUCGGCGCCCGCUGCUCCUUCCGUGGCCCGCGCGCGCAUGGCGCUCUCUGACGCCAGAGCCCCCUCGGCGUCGUCGACUCGUCACGUCGCCCCGUGCGUGGGCGUGCCGCGCGCCGACGAGUCCGUCUUCCACUGGGCCGCGCGCACGCGGAUUCAACGGGCGCAAGCUGCGCUCGCCGAUUGACAUGUCAGUUUUCCGCCGCACCAGCGUGGAGUUUUCCUCGCGGCCCCAACGUCGACCCUUUUCCGCCACGCCAACGUGGACCCCAACGCGCCGCCAGUGCGGGCUUCGUCUAACACCAGCUCCCCGCUACACUGUCCUGCUGUGGCACGGCCUUGGCCUCAGUUUUGCCCUCUGGAGGGAUUGGUUUUACCCGCUUGCGCGCUCCGUGCGCGUAACGCGGUGAGAAUGCGGAAUCUGACAGGCAUGCCAAGCCGGCCUCAUUCUUUUGCCAUGCCAUGCGGCAUGGGCACCUCUUGCCUCGUCUGGAUGGAUUUUCCCAGGCUAAGCGGCCCACGUUUUUGUUGCGGCACUCUCUCUGUGGGAGUGCCGUUGAUGCCAAGAUUAUGUUACCAUAUUUUCCGACUUAAUCAUGUUUUGCGGAUCAAUGCAAAUGCAUUAUCACCAGCCACAAUGAAAUAUCAUCUUGCAU